AUGUAAUUUCUUACAAAAUAUAAUACCCUUCUAUAAUAAUAUCCUCUAUUGACAAAAUCAGUGACUGGAGGUAUAACAUAUUAAUCAAAAAAUAUAGGUUUUAUGUUUUUUGCAGGAGAUGCUGUAGUCUAGACAAUGGAAUCACAAAUUGCAAAAAAGAAUUAAUAAAGUCAUUAAUAUGAUUUUAGAAGGUUAGGAAUAGCUUGGCUUAUGGGAAAUGUAUUUAUGAUGCCAUUGUUUCAUUAUAAUUUCACAUAUGCAUUACCAUGGUUAGUGAAAAGGUAGUACAUAUGGAUCUUAUAAAUUGUAGAUUACCUUUUGAUACUUCAACACCAUUUAGAGCUGCAGUAGGAUCUGUUCUUAUUGAUUAAUCAGUUUGGGCAUGUUACAUAUUGUGUCAUUAUUUGAUGAUAAUUAAUUUAUUAGAGAGUAGAUCAGUGUAGAAAGGAAUAGAUGCAAUCAAAAAUAAUUUUGUAAAAGCCAUGAUAACAAAUUGGUAAAUUUGGCCAGCUGCAUAGAUUAUAAAUUUUUGGUUGAUCCCAAGACAUUAUCAAGUCUUAUGGGUUAAUUUCAUAGGAUUUUUUUGGAAUAUUUAUUUAAGUUACAUUUCACAUAAUUGA